AUGCUUUAUGAGGUACCCAGCACAACAGUGGAAGCCCUGGAGAGAACCACUAGUCGACACUUCAGGAAGUGGCUAGGAGUUCCACCCAGCUUUACCAGUAUUGGACUCUACGGGAAGAGCAACAAGUUACAGCUCCCGCUAUCUUCACUGGAAGAAGAGUUCACGACAGCAAAAGCAAGACUUGUUUUGACCUUGAGGGACUCACCGGAUGAGCUCAUCCGGGAGGCAGGGAUCCAAACCCGAACGAGCAGGAAAUGGUCAGCGACAGAGUCUGUGAGCCAGGCAGAACACGCGCUCAAGCACAAAGACAUUGUCGGAGUGACUGCUGUUGGACGUGAAGAAAUUGGUGCGAGAAAGGUGGUACUGUGGAGCCGAUCAGACCAGAAAGAGAGGCGUGCGAUGAUCCAGUCUGAGGUCAGGAGAAUAGAAGAAAAUGCCAGACAAGCAAGGGCUGUACAAAUGGGAGCGCAGGGAGCAUGGACCACAUGGGAAACCGCAAACAGGAAGUUGACCUGGGGAGACAUCUGGAACGAAUUUGGGCCGAUGGGUCUCGCAGAAGAUCCAAAAUGCAGCCUGUGUGACAGAGUAGGCACCCUAGAGCAUGUUCUGUCAUCUUGUGCUACAGCACUGACACAGGAAAGAUAUAGAUGGAGGCAUGACUUGGUCCUCAGAGAGCUGGCUGACUGGCUAGAGAAGGAACGAACGAAGGAACGUGGUAAUUACCCCCGCCAUGGGCACAUCGCUUUCGUCAAAUCGGUUGAGACCAUGAAGACACAGAAACCAACAAAAGCAUCAAUUAUUGAUGGCACGAGAGACUGGAAGAUGGAAGUUGACCUUGGUAGAAGGCAUUUUUUCCCAAACGUGGUUCAGACGACCUUACGACCAGAUAUUUUACUGUGGUCAGAGACAGGAAAGAAGCUCGUCACCAUAGAGCUGACAGUACGAUGGGGGGGGGGGGCAAGAGGUGAAGAGGCCUACGAGCGGAAGAAGGCAAAGUACACAGAACUCAUGGAUCUGUGCAAGCACCAAGGCUGGCGUACUUGGCUAUUUCCCAUGGAUGUUGGCGUGAGAGGGUUCUGUUCGCAGUCCGUGCACAGGUUGAUGACAGCAGUAGGAACUACUGGCAGGGAGAGGCAAGUGGCUAUUCAGAGACUGAGCGAAGCAGCUGAAUCGGCAUCAAGCUGGCUGUGGCUAAGGCGAGAGGAGAAGAGCUGGAGGCAAUCAACCAACACGCAGUGA